GCGGCCGUGCACUCGCUGUCGCAGGACGUGUCGCUGUUUCGAUAUCGGAAACCGGUUUCGCGUGGCGUCGCGCACUUGCUCUUGUUUACUACAAUUUGUGCUAUGAGUCGAGUUUAUACCUACAGUUACAAUGAGUGACGGCGAAUCACAAAUUAGUGACGGGAACUGUGAGAAUGAGGAUUUAAUUAACACAUCUUUAUUGAGUGAUAUGGAGAUUCAAACGGAGAAUAACACCCAAAACACAUUGUUGGAGAACGAAGAGGUAUUGCGGGCGGGUCGGAGCGGGAAACGAAGCAGAGACGAGGACAAUGAAGAGCAAUGGAUUUCUGUGGCCAGAGGCGGUAAGAAGUUUUUGCGCAGUACUGGUAUUGAGAACAGUAUUAGAAUUCCGGAAGAGAGAAUAGAGGUUUGCAUUACUGGGAAAGAAAAAUUACCUAAACAAAUCGGGUUAGCUAAAACUUUAAAAAGCCUUAAUAUCUCAGGGAUUAUAAGGAUUAAAUUUCUGAAUGCCUAUAAAGUUUACAUUCAAUUUAAUUCCGAAGAAAACGCAGACAAGAUGAUAAAAUCCUCUUACUGGGAAGAAAAAGGUUAUAGGUGCCAAAAAACGUUUGAGGUUGGGGUAUCUUACGGAGUUAUUAGAGAUAUCGAAUUAGAACUAACAGACGAAGAAAUAUUAAAAAGUUUGAGCUCUGAAAAGGAAAUAAUAAAGAUUAAAAGGUUAAAACGCCGCAAUUUUGAUGACGGGAAUUGGGAACUAUGUGAGUUAGUCCGAAUAUGCUUCAAGGGGCCUUCAUUACCUACACAUGUACUUACACACGAUAUAAGAGCGGUCGUUGAGCCAUAUAUCUUUCCAGUCACCCAAUGCUCACGUUGUUGGAAGUUCGGACAUAAUCAACGACUGUGCCCAUCUAAUAGAAUUAUCUGCCCUAAAUGUAGUCAAAACCACCCCAAUUGUGAAACAACAACCUAUAAAUGCUCCAACUGUUCCGGGAAGCACUUAGCAUUAGCGAAACUAUGCCCGAUGUUUUUAAAGGAGAAAAGAAUAAGAGAAAUUAUGUCAGAAUUCAACUGUACUUACCGAAAGGCCCUUACUUUAUAUGUUCCCCCAUCCCCGCCCGUUCAUACAGUAAAUGAGCAUGUCCAUAAACCUAACGUUUACGCUCCUAUGCCGGAUACGCAACCCAACAGAAGUCCUACUUACGCAGAAAUAGUGAAAACAACAGCCAUUAUUCACCAAACGGAACCCCAGGGGCAGAAUAUCAACCGCAAGCCCAAUAAAAAAUCCCACUAUCCAAAGAAAACUACUAAUAAUAAAGAGCGUAAAGGUGUUGAACAUAGUGAAGAAGAGUCAUCGAUCGUAUCUGGGGACGAAGUAACGAAGGAAAAUAUAGAAGAAAAUACAAUAAAUAAAUCAAAAAUACAGGAGCUACUACGUAAACUGAGAGAAGUAAUAUUUGAAUCAAGAUUGAGUAUUGGAGAGAAGAUUAAAAACAGUUUUAAACUUACGUGGGAUUGGAUAAUUUCUUUGGCGGUUAAGAUGCUAGCAGAGUGGCCAAUAUUCAAGUCAUUCCUUGAUCAUAAUGGCCAAUAAAAAUAAAAACAUUUCCUCUAUAAAUGUACUGCAGUGGAACGCACAGAGUAUUCGGCCAAAACUCAUAGAACUAGAACAAAUGUUAAAUCAGGAAAAAAUACAUAUCUAGCUGUUAUAUCUGAGACGUGGUUAGACUGUGAAAGCUCUCUGAAUAUGAGUAAUUAUGAAGUGUUUCGCCAGGAUCGAGACGAUGGUUUUGGCGGAGUUGCGAUCUUGACUCACUUCUCAGUGAAGGCCGAACGUUUUCAACAACACAACACUAACCCAGGAAUUCAAACUGUAUGUAUUAAGAUUCACAAUUGCCUAUCUAUUCAAUAUGUAGUUUCUGUUUAUUGCCCAUCCACCGUCAGGACUGAUGAUAGAGAUUGGGACUCAUUAUUUUCGAUGUUUAAAAAUAAAUCUUUAAUAGCUGGUGAUUUCAAUGGGCAUCAUAGAAACUGGUCUACCAAAAGUGACAGUAGAGGGCUCCAAAUAUUUAAUACAUUAAUUGAAAACGAUUUUGUAACCCUUAAUGAUG